GUCUCCUUGCCUCCGCCUCAGUUUGGGGCGGGCGGGGAGCAUGGCUUCCGAGAUGGAGUCAUCGCUGGAGGCAAGCUUCUCGUCCAGCGACGUGCUGCCGGGGACUUCAGGGUUUUUGUCUCCGGCCCGUUCCCGUAUCUUCAAGAUUAUCGUGAUCGGUGACUCCAAUGUGGGCAAGACGUGCCUGACCUUCCGCUUUUGCGCUGGCCGUUUCCCGGACCGCACCGAGGCCACUAUCGGGGUGGAUUUCCGAGAACGAGCGGUGGAGAUAGAUGGCGAGCGCAUCAAGAUCCAGCUAUGGGACACAGCAGGGCAAGAACGAUUCCGAAAGAGCAUGGUGCAGCACUACUACCGGAAUGUACACGCCGUUGUCUUUGUGUAUGAUAUGACCAACGUGGCUAGUUUCCAUAGCCUGCCCUCUUGGAUAGAAGAAUGCAAACAACAUCUGCUUGCCAGCGAUAUUCCACGGAUUCUCGUUGGAAAUAAGUGUGACUUGAGAAGUGCCAUUCAGGUACCCACAGACUUGGCACAAAAAUUUGCUGACACUCACAGUAUGCCUUUGUUUGAAACCUCUGCCAAAACCCCCAAUGAUAACGACCACGUGGAAGCGAUAUUUAUGACCUUGGCUCAUAAGCUUAAGAGUCACAAACCAUUAAUGCUAAGCCAGCCCCCCGAUGAUGGGAUUAGCCUGAAGCCUGAACCAAAGCCUGCGAUGACAUGCUGGUGCUAAAUGACAGUCUUCAUGGUGCUGUCUCAUUUGACUAAGAAAAUAACUUCUGAAGUCUGACAGUGAUAAGUCCUAAGAUUUGAUCCCCAGUAUAUUGGAUCAUUCUGGCACCUUACUGUUUACCAUUGUCAUGCUUGCUUUUGUACUCUGUAUCAACUUAGUCAAGCCCGUCACUGUGACCACACAGGGCACAGUUGGUUUUCGGAUGAGGGUGAGGUGAAGCAAAGGUAGGACGAGUCAGCUGCUCUUUCCACUGAGAGCCUGUGAAGGAGGCGUCGCAUGACAAUGUGAUGGGUCUUAAGGGCCAGCAACCGUUCAAUCCCCCAUUGGCUGGAGUGGAAAAUGGGGAAUUUAGUACACAAUACUGUGUACCUUUUGAAUGGAAUGUAUUCUCACUGGGAUAAAGACUGGCGUUUGCCUCUCUCCACAAAGGUCUUUAUUUUGCAGUAAGUUUUAAUUGCAUUAGUACAGUUUUGAGCCAAGAUUUUAGUCCCAGUGGGAGAAGGAAUAGAAUGUCUUCUGGUUCUCAGUCCAGAAAGGCGUCUGGUUUAAUAGUUCUAGAUUUCUUGAUGUUUCUAAUUAAUAUCAAUCAGUUCUGUAGAAAUCACUGUUUCUUUUAAAAGAGCCAUUUGUUUUCUUACUAAAUCCUAUUAAAAUAGCCCCCCCCCCCCAUCCUCAAGUCAGAUUUAAAUCAAAUGAAGUGAUAGAAUUUGGUGCUUUAUGUUUUGUUUCAGCAUUUUUUAAACAAUGAAAAGUGAAUUGGAAGCCUCGGAAGAGUUGUAACACAGGGGAAAGAGGUACACAUAGUUCUUGGCUGCCAACAGCAGGCCUAUAUUUAGCUUCAGGACAUUUCAGAGAUUGUGUAUCCGGCUCUCUUGCUCUCUCAUGUCCUCACUCCCCAUGUCACCUUGAUUGAUGUACAGUAAUGACUAAAGAAUGAAUUAACAACCUGAACUUCUAUUUGAAUUACAGCACUAAGGGUAUAGCUCUGACUGCUGUGAGUCUAUGUUACUGCAGUAGACUUGUGAUAAAGUACAUCAGUUUAAAAUUUCCUUAAAAUGUGUGCUUACAGCAAGCUGUUUCUCAGUGUGAAAAAUAAAUAUUGAAAAAUGUCUAUCCCUUAAUGGUGGAAAGAAUAUUUCAAAAAGAGUCUAGUCCUGAGUAUUUUUAAUAUGGACUUAAAGUUUUGCACAAAGAAAACAGCCAGCUGCAUGUGCAGCCGCGUUGCAGAUAUGGAAUAUGAGCCGUGAACGUCAGUUGAAGUGUGUAUGCGCACUGAUUCUGGUACAUUGCUGUCCUUGGGAAGUUUUGAGGAAAUUAGGUUAAAUACAUAAUCUAGUUGGGGAUUUGGUUUAGUCAUCCUGGUGGUUCUUUCAGGAUAACUGAAGUUUUAAAACCUGAUAAUUGUCUUAAUGGAACUAAUUUAAAAUGAUGAUGAUUUAAAGGAAAUAAUCCUUCAGUUUCAAGUAUCAGCAGUUAUAGGAAAAUAAAUUUGGCUUUAUGUGAUCGUAGGGUGAUGAAUCCAUUACUCUUAAUCAAAUAGACUUUCUCUUUUUAAAUUCCUGUUCCUUUGUGACUAUUUUUGUAGGAAACAAAGACCGAUGUCAUCAUUUUGAUGUGAUGGUGGUUUCCGGUCCUUGUGUUCUAAUGAAGGGAUUCGUGUGUUCGAAGACAUUUUCUGAAAUGGAGGGAGAAAGUUUACAAAUGCUUCAGGCACAUUUUUGUUUUUCAGUACUUCUAUUAAUGGUUUAAGAAAUAGUUAUUUAACUUUUGUUCUUUUUAUAAGAAGUUAGUGGCAAGUCUACCUUCUAGUUCUGUGAUAGGACUUAUUUUUUUCACCCUACUAUUUAUUAAUCUUAAAAGAUUUGUAUCCCAUUUGUAACAAUUUGUUGUUUUAAUUUUCUGUAUGUAUCCUUACAUUAAGAUAAAAAUAACAUCUGUCAAUAAAGCUUUUCCAAGAUAUUUAUAAAAUACUUCAUUGACUGUUGAGACACCACUUUCAGAACGGUGACUCUCUAGCAAGUGAUCAUUAACUUCCAAGCACAAGUCACACGCUGGGUAAACUAUACGUUUCUUUUACUUGUGCUCAUCAAUUGACAUCAUCAGGUAUAUUUUGGAAAAGUGGUAAAUCGAGAGCACCAAAGAAGCAAAUAAAUGCAGGUAUCGAUUAAUGACCACACUUUAUUGAAAGCUUAUUGUUUCUUCACGGAACCCAAACUCAAAUAAGUUUGUUAUGAAAUAAUCUCACUGUAACAUCACCUCCCCCUCCCUGCCCCUGAGGAUGUAGUUCAAUAAAGUAACUUUGCCAUAAAA